AUGGACCAUACACCAGAGAGACCUGUACGGUCAGAGACUGUCACGUUCGCAAUUCCACCAAACGAAAAUAGGAGUCCUCGUCGGAGCAGUCGAAUCAAGAAGAAUCCUUCCAUUACUCCAAACCGGUUCACUCGAUUCUUCACGCCAAGACUCAAGAAGGCAAAGCGUUCAGUUCGGACGUCGAGGAAAGCCUUGCGAGAACUUUCUGCCGUUAAUCUUAACAGUCGGUUAGGAAGUAAUCAGCCCUUGGGGGUAUCUGUGGGCGAACAUUCACAACCUCCGUCAAAGAAACGAAAGCUCUCGUUCACAUCAAUAUCCUCUAUUCCAUCCUCGCCAAUCAACAUCAACUGUGGGUUUCCCAGCAGCCAGCAGGGAGACGGCGCUGCGGUAGAUGCCAAGGAUGGUGAUGAUGCUCUUUACUCGGAGACCGAUGACGAGAGUGAAGAAGCAUUGCCACCUAUGCUGCGAUACCCUCCACGGGUUGCUCGCUAUCAAUCCACGAGCACUUCUGCAGGGUUGUUGUCACGACAACUCGGGAGAAGGAAAGCGAUACCUUUUGGCAAUGAAAGCAGUUUAUGGCAGCAUGAAACCUCGAGAUUCUACAGUCUGCCAGAAGAUCUCUUCACCAGUCCCUCGUAUGAUGUCCAACCUCGAGCACUACCAUUUUGUGUUACCAGUUUCAACCAUCAACAAUCUGUCGCGAUCGGAAAUGAGGACGGUCUGGUCGAAAUAUAUCAAGCUUCGGAACGGUCUUCCGAUCAUGCCGGUAGCUUGCGACUUCAAUCCUGCAUGUACCCUCAUGACAAUGCCAUAAUGGACAUGGAAUUUUCACAUGAUGAUCGACUUCUCGCAACGGCUUCUGGCGACCAAACCUGUCGGAUAAUCGACGUGGAGACACAAACGUCCACCCAUACAUUGAUCGGCCAUAUGGGUUCCAUAAAACGCGUGCAAUGGCAGCCUGGUUCGGGGGACCAGAUUCUUGCAACCUGCUCCCGAGAUGGUAGUGUCAGUCUAUGGGAUCUCCGGUGUGCCCAGCCCGUAGGAACACUGGAUAUCAUGCCCCUGCAACGCGCACCUCACUUCCUUGAUCACAGUAGACGAGUCACCUCCAAAGUCGAGAUACGGGAUGCGCACACGUCUUGGGACAAGCCCAAGUUCCCGAACGGCAAGCGUACUGGACUGUCCUCCAGAAUUGACUUUGCGGUCACUACUUGUGCGUUCAUCAGUGACACUCGCCCACAUAUGCUCGCGACCGCUUCGGAGCACAACGCCAUGAUCAAGCUCUGGGACAUGCGGGCAUCGUACAAACAACGAUCUGGCAGACCUAACCCCGUUUCCGUGACUCUUGAACCAGAGAGCCAUGAAGCCCUUCGGCCCUUCGGCGUGACUUCCAUGGCCACGAACACUGACGGCUCCAGGCUCUAUACUCUCUGUCGGGAUAAUACCAUCUACGCCUAUUCGACUGCGCAUCUCGUGCUCGGUGGAUGUCCCGAGAUGUCACUGACGUCGAGUCAUCCUUUCCGAACUUCUCGCACAGCCGGGCAAGGACUGGGUCCGUUGUAUGGCUUCCGCGACCCUUCUCUCCGCCUGGGAUCUUUCUACGACAAGCUCGCCGUCCGCCGCAAGACGAGCGAGAACACCGAACUCCUGGCGGCCGGCUCAGGCGAGGACUGUGCGGUGAUUUUCCCGACUGACGAGCGGUAUCUGACAAAAGCUGCACGUCGUCGUCCUCCAGCUGUCUCUCACCUCAAUACCUCAGCAUCGCGCUCGACACGGCCGCGCUUGCCCCAGCGAACCUCAUCAGUCAACACGCUCUCCAAUUCCCUAUUUUCGUCCGGUUCCCUACACGACGGCAGCACCACGGAAGGCCAAUGUCCCAUUUACUACACGGGCACGCCGCUCGUCAACGGUCAUAGAAAGGAAGUCACCGCGGUCGCCUGGGUCCACCAGAACGGCCAGUUAGUCACCGUCGCCGACGACUACACGGCGAGAUGCUGGUACGAGGACGAUCCGGCCAAGGCGAGGGCGCUGAGGAUGAACACGGAGCGGGACGGGAGGAGAAGCCAGAGUGGAUGGGCAACUGUCCGGGAAGGGUUUGAUGAUGAUGAUGACGACGACAGCUGA